AUGAGUUAUUCGGAUUUUCCAAUUCCUGAUGAAUUUCCAACUUUUCUUCCUCAUGAAAAGGUUGUAGAAUAUUUGAAAUUAUAUGCUGCCAAGUUUGAAUUGGAACAAUAUAUUGAAUUUAAUACUCGUGUGGAGAAUAUUGAUCUUGUCAAUUCUGGAUCAACUGACAAGUAUAAGGUUAUUAUUAGAAAGGGUGAUCAGUUGAGUGAAGAAACUUUUGAUCAUAUUAUGGUUUGUACGGGACAUCACUCAACACCAAAUAUUGCAACAUUUGAGGGAUUGAAGGAAAAUUUCAAAGGAAAUGUCAUUCACUCACAUUCUUAUAAGAAUCCAUUCGAUUCUGACAUGUUCAUGAAUAAGAAUGUGCUUGUAGUUGGAAUUGGUAACAGUGGUGGUGAUAUUGCUGCAGAAUUGGCUAAAAAUGUGGCCAAACAAGUGAUCUUAUCAACCAGAAGAGGAUCCUGGAUUAUACCAAGAGAACUACUUGGUGAUCCACUUGAUCAUGUUCCAAGAUUUGCAUGGAUGUUACCACGUAGAGUUAUUCAAUAUGCCAACGAGUUCUUAUUAACUCUUGUGAAUGGAGAUUUGAAAAAAUUCUCUAAAUACUUGGCUCCUCGUCAUCGAUUCUUUGGUAGCCACCCAACUGUAAAUAGUGAACUCAUUUCCAAGAUUAAUAAUGGUGUAGUUCGUGUAGUUCCAAAUAUUGUGAGAUUUUCCAGAGAUGGCCACACUUGUAGAUUUGAAAAUGAUGAAAAUGCUUCGAAUAUUGAUACAGUAGUUAUUUGUACAGGAUAUAGAAUUUCAUUCCCAUUCUUUAAGGAUGGUUUCUUUGAGGAUUGUUUCGAUGAGAAUAACAAGGUUUCACUAUACAAGUACGUUUUUCAUCCAAAACAUGGAACUGGUAUUGCAUUCAUUGGACUCAUUCAACCAUUUGGUGCCAUCAUUCCAAUAUCUGAAUUACAAUCAAGAGUUGCUGUGAGAAUGUUCAGAGGAGAUUACAAACUUCCAUCCGAAUCCGAAAUGAAACAAGAUGUCGAACAAAAACGUGAAGCAAUGGCCUCGAGAUAUACUGAAUCAAAGAGACACACUGUUCAAGUUGACUAUCCACAUUACACAGACGAAUUGGCCGACAUUAUUGGUGUGAAACCUCAAUUUACAAAACAUUUAAUCAAAGACCCUCAAUUAGGAUCCUUACUUUUAUCAUCACCUGCCUAUCCAUGUACAUACAGAAUUGAGAAGGAGACGAGUUUAAUUACAAGUGAAAGUCAUCAAAAGAAGGAACGAGAACAGGCCAUCAAUCUCAUCAAACACUAUAGAAAGCAAACGAGUAAGGAUGAAACAAGUACUUUUGGAAAGAUUUUGGCAAUUAUCAAGGCAGUUUUCUUCCUCUUAUUCUUAUUUGUGAAGGUAAUCUUGUCUAAAUUCAUAGAUUGGGAGAAGGUGUAA